AUGGCAGCUGGUCCAUACAACUACAGCUACAUCUUUAAAUACAUCAUCAUAGGGGACAUGGGAGUUGGGAAGUCAUGUUUGUUGCACCAGUUCACAGAGAAGAAAUUUAUGGCAGACUGCCCUCAUACAAUAGGAGUCGAGUUUGGAACCAGAAUCAUUGAGGUAGCGUCGCAGAAAAUCAAAUUACAAAUCUGGGACACUGCUGGCCAGGAGAGAUUUCGAGCUGUUACACGGAGCUACUAUAGAGGCGCGGCAGGAGCUCUUAUGGUUUAUGAUAUUACCAGACGGAGCACAUACAACCACCUAAGCAGUUGGUUGACCGAUGCCAGAAACCUAACAAACCCCAACACAGUGAUAUUCCUUAUUGGCAACAAAUGUGAUUUGGAUGCACAGAGAGAUGUCACCUAUGAAGAAGCUAAACAAUUUGCUGAAGAAAAUGGCCUGAUGUUCCUGGAAUGCAGUGCUAAAACCGGGGAAAACGUAGAGGAUGCCUUUUUGGAUACCGCCAAGAAAAUCUAUCAGAAUAUUCAAGAUGGCAGUUUGGACCUCAACGCAGCAGAAUCAGGAGUCCAGCACAAGCCAGCCACUCCUCGCAGCCCCAUUAACACAGACCAGCCCCAAAACAAAGAAGGAUGCGCCUGCUAG